AUGACCAUCUCUAAUUGUUCAUUGGUUGCUUGGAAAAUCCGAGCUACUAGACAAAGAUUACUUAGUGCAGAGACCUUCACCUAUAAUGAGCCCAAUUAUCUCAUGCUUGCCCAGGUGUUGAAUCCUGAAAAUGAAGCUGAGAAUGAUCAAAUCAGUCCUUGUAUAAGUUUGGAUCCUGGUGGAAAUAAUUCAGCGAAUAAACGUUCAGGAGAGGUUAUCCGUGCUCGUCACAUGUCUCAAAACUCAACAUGUGGGAGGAUUUGUUUAAUCAUGGAGCAAGGUCAUUUGCUCAGUGGCUCUAAAGAUUCUGAAAUAUGUGUGUGGGACAUCAAUGUACCUUCUAACAAUAAGAAACUUUGCACUAUGGUUGGUGAUGUCCAAAACAAGAUUAAAGACGACCCUCAUGAUGGUCACAAGAGCUCCGUUUCAGAACUUUCAUGGAAUCCGAAUAAAGAUUGGGUUAUUGCCAGUGCCGCUGCUGAUAGCAUGAUUCAAAUUUGGCAGAUUGCAGUGAGUAUCUACCGUAGCGAAUAUAAUACUCUCCAUUCUCAACCAACACCUGCUCAGUGCUCAUUCAACUUCUUCUCAAAGUUUAUUCUCCCUCUCAAAUCUCACCACUCUCAUUUUCUUGUUCUUGCAAUUCUCCUCCAUCAGUACUCAUUUUCUACCAUCUAA